AUGAGCAAUGCCCCCGACCGGAUCGGGGCCUUCUCUUCUUCAACAAGAACCGACAGAAUAAAACGAGCUGCUGGAGCAAAAGGAAAAGCAAAGGCCCUCCUUGCCACCCUUGACUGGUUCAAAGCCAGGCCGAGGGAUGCGCGUGUCGAGGGACCUUCAAGCAAUUGCAUGGGUGAAGAUGAUACAAAGCCCGGAGAAAUGGGUGAGGGUGGCGAGGAGGCCGCACUUGAAGUUGAUAAUGACACUGGUUGGAUCAGCCAUCGACUGGAGUUCCCUAAGAAUGACAGGGCCGAGACGCAUCGUGCUGAACAUGAUUACAAGGUUAUCGAUCCUCGAGCCAAGGCACGAGGAUUACGCGAGGGGAACAGGAACAAAAGAGGUCACGACGGUCCGAAGUUAGGCGAGCAUUUCGGAAAGGGAGAUAACUUAUCGUCUCAGGUUUUAUGGCGCCUGUAA